AUGGAGGGCGAAUGCCGGGUGCUCUCCAUCCAGAGCCAUGUGGUCCGCUGCUACGUGGGCAACCGGGCGGUCAUGUUCCCGCUGCAGGUUUUGGGAUUUGAGGUUGAUGCCGUGAACUCUGUGCAGUUUUCCAACCACACAGGCUACGCCCAUUGGAAGGGCCAAGUGCUGAACUCACAGGAACUCCAUGAACUGUAUGAAGGUCUCAAGAUAAACAGUGUGAAUAAGUACGACUACGUGCUCACUGGUUACACAAGAGACAAGUCCUUCCUGGCCAUGGUGGUGGACAUCGUACAGGAGCUGAAGUAGCAGAACCCCUAGCUCAUGUACGUGUGUGAUCCCGUGAUGGGCGACAAGUGGAAUGGCGAAGGUUCCAUGGUGAGUGUACCCACGCUGCUGUGA